AUGGCCGGCCCUUUCAAUUGUGUCUUCUGCGACAGGGCGUUCAACAGACAUGACGCGCUCAAGCGCCAUUGGACGACCUGUAAACUCCGGCAGAGCCGGGCGCUCGACGUGCCGCAUGUGGAACUGAAACAACGGGGCCGGAAGCCCAAGGCCUGCGAUCGGUGCUGCCGCCUCAAGAAAGCUUGCAACUUGACUCUUCCAUGCAGAGCCUGCACUCGCCACCGACAGCCGUGCACGUACAGUCGGAUUCAACAGGGAGACGAGGCCUCGACGGGCGAGGAUACGAGUCCUCAGAGCGAUCAACAAGCCAUGUCUGUUGAUAAUCAGACUGUGUCCUCCGGAGCAACACCCGGGCAGGCGCUGGAUCAGAUCGAUUUUGACUUUUUGGAGGAAACGGCAAUCGACGGUGGCCCCGACGACUUGCUUCUGACGUGGCAGGAGCCCGGAGUGGAUAUCGCCGAGGAUAUCAGUACGAAUAACUGGAGCUUUAUGCCUACACUCUCUCGACAGCUUCGUCCGGCAGAGAAAUAUCGACGACCGACCCAUUUGGACAUCGUAUCCCUGAAGCAAUUCCCCUUUCUACAGCGAAUAGCCGACGACAUCGGGAUCGCCAACACAUUCGAGUGCGGGACUUUGGAGCAACGGCAAAGGAUAUCCAUUACGUGGCGCGCCCGACGCACAAGCACCAAUUCUGUCAUGGCUCAACUUUUGUGGACAGAGCAUCGCCAUAUUCCUUACCUCGAUGCCCAUCCGCCCCUGGACUUGAACUGCGCCUCGGAUAACUCGUUCAAUUUCUUGACAGGGUUUGAUCCUCUUCAAUCGCAUGACCUGUGGUCCCCUGCAGAGUAUCUGGUCGACUCACACGGGGCACAGUCUGCUACUGCUGCGAUCUCGUGCCUCAACGAAGAUUCCACGCUUUUUAUGACCAGAGGCAGCGAGAUUGUGAGCCUCCUGCAUGACACCAUUGCUACAAAGCACAGCCCAAAUAUCAUUUCCACGCCAUGGUCAGAGUCGCUCGAGGCUAUGUGUUCCGAAUUCUUCGGCCCCGACAACAUCGAGAAAUUCCUUGAUUUAUUCUGGACCUUCUGGAAACCGAACUGGCCGGCAAUUCACAAAGCCGGUUUCGAUAUUAGCUCUGUCUCCGCCAAGCUUCUGGCGGCCAUGGCCAUACUGGGUGCUUCUCUGUCUCCCGAUACCCGAGACCGCGCCAUGGCCCACCUCUGGCUCAACCCCGUGGAGCAGCUGGUCUUUGAUGAUGAGCUAUUCUGGCAGGAGUCGUGUUUGGCUUGGGAUGAACCACAUACUGGGCCGCUUCGGAAAGCUCAGCUAGAAAUCCUGCAGGCUGGAUUUUGUGUUGCCUUGUACCAAACAUGGGAAGGAUCCAAGGAGAGCAAGCGCCGCAUCCGUCGAUUUAGGUUCAGCGCAGUUGUAUCUCUUGCCAGAGACAUAGGGUUCUCUUCGGGCAGCCUCAGGACUGUUGAUACUUCAAGUAUUACAACUUUUGACUGGGAAGAAUAUGUUCUUAGGGAAUCAUUGAUCAGAGUGUUCCACUACGUAUUCGCUCUCGACUCUGGCCUCGCAUUAUUUUACCGACACCCUCCCCGCAUGGUCCUGUCAGAAGCUGUCAUGGAACUUGCCUCUCCAGAGCAGUGCUUCGAGGCUCAGUCGGCCGAAGAAUGCUUUGUGGCUUUGAAGGUGUGGCGAGAUGGACUUGACGGGACUGAGCCCACAACUAUCUCUUCGGCGUUGGCGGCAAUCUGUACCGAAAAGCCCACACCUGGGGCUUUGAGGCUCUUCCCGAAACUCAGUGUUCUCAACAUGUUCACAAUGGUUUCCGGCCUCUAUGGCAUGAGCUUCAGGCUCGAAACCUCUAUGAUGUACGGCGAAGAGGUAUCUCGCGUCCAAGCAGGGCUUGAAAGGUGGAGAGAACUCUGGCCUUCAGCUGAUAGAGACGAAGAACUGACCAAGAGGUCCUCGCUUGAAUACCCCCCGGGACAUGAAGUGGGGUUUAUGAAGUACGCCCCGGAAUACUGGCUCUUUGCCCGCCUGAUGUUGGAUCGUAUCCGCAGUGGAAAGGUGGAGGAUAAGGUGGGCGUAGCAAAGUGCGAAGAUACGGAUAUGGAACAACUGCAUAAGAUGCUACAGAGCUUUACUGCAGAGGAAGAUAAGAAGGCAGUGGUAUCAACACAAGUGCUAGACUGCGGAUCGGUACCAGUACGAGUCAAAUUCUGCAGGCGCAUCUUCUUCAAAAUGAUUUCCGCACUUACACAGGCGACGGCCGCAUUACCGUGUCCUCUCUAUGUUGUUUUCCUUCUGUCUUUGGUUCUUUACUUCGCAGCCUGGGUCAUUUACACUCGGUACUUCCAUCCUCUAGCCAAAUAUCCCGGCCCCUUUCUCGCCUCUAUCUCGCGACUGUGGCUCGUCAUCCAAAUAACGAAGGCGAAUAUCGACAAGACGCAGAGAAAGUUACAUGAGAAAUAUGGGCCCUUUGUGAGGGUUGCUCCAAAUGAGGUUGUCAUUUCUGACCCUGAGGCUGUAAGAGUCAUUUAUGGUAUCAACUCGGGGUUCACCAAGACGGAUUUCUAUCUUCCUUGGCGGCCGCAAUGCUGCAAAUAUCCCGACUCGUUUACUUCGCUAGAUGAGAAAGAACACGCGAGCCGGCGGAAGAUCGUCAAUAACCUCUACUCCAUGUCGAGCAUCUCUCGCUCCGAAGACAGCAUCGACCUCUGCACAGAUACGCUGCUAGAUAAGAUGAAUAGCUUUUCAGAGUCUGGCGAGAUCAUUGAUAUGGCACAGUGGGCUCAGAUGUACGCCUUCGACGUUAUAGGGCAACUCUUCUUCAGUCGAAUGUUUGGUUUCCUGAAAGCUGAACAUGACCACUUGGGUUAUAUCCGCUCGCUGGACCUGCUGCUUCCCAUUCUCACGGUGUCGAGCGUCAUGCCGACAUACGUCCGGUCUUUCUUCCUUCUCGGCGGGGCUAUUUUCCCAAGGGUGCUCAAAGCCUUGCAGAGCCUCGGUGAAGUCGACAAGGCUGCAGACCUCUGCAUCGCCGAGCGACAAGAUCUUGUUGAGAAGGGUGAGGACGGGGAGAAGAAGGAUAUUCUUUCCAGUCUAUUCCAGGUGAUGCACGACAAGGGUGAAAAGGUUGACUUUAAACUAUCCGAAGUGAAGGUUGAAGUUUAUGCAGCCUUACUCAGAUUUGCAGGGUCUGACACCACUGCCGCGGCCGUGUCAUCGAUUCUCUACCAUCUGAUGAAGAACCCGAGCGCUUACAACACCCUAGUUGAGGAGAUUGACAACGCGACUCGAGCUGGCGAUUUGAGCGUGCCUGCCAUUCGGUAUCAGGAGGCCAUAAAGCUGCCUUACCUGGAUGCUUGUUGCAAAGAGGGUAUGCGGCUGCAUCCCAGUGUGGGAUACCACUUGCCCAGAACUGUACCACAAGGCGGAUGCAGUAUCUUGGGCGAGUGGUUCCCCGAAGGCAGCAGGGUAGGCGUCAACGCAGCCGUGAUCCACUUUGACCGGAGCAUCUUUGGCGAAGACGCUGAUGAAUUUCGACCGGAGAGGUGGUUUCGGCCUGAAGCUGUUAAGAUGGACCGAUAUAUGUUUCAGUUUGGCGGAGGCUCUCGGACUUGUAUAGGCAAGAAUAUCUCCUUGUGCGAGAUGUACAAGAUGAUACCCCAGCUUCUACGUUCUUAUCAUUUAGAGCUGGCUGAGCCAGACCAACAAUGGAGUUGCCACAACUACUGGUUCCAUAAACCAAGUAACGUUCGUACACGAAUCAAGGCCAGGACAGUCUCACAGUAG